UGCCAGGGUGGGCAGGGCCGGUCCCCGCGGCCCGCGCGCCCCGCCUUGACCUUGGCCGCCGGGAAGGGGCCGGUGCGCUGCGGGGCAGCCGCCGCCCGCCAGAGGGGGCAGCGGCGGAGAACUUGCCCAACUUGGCGGCGCGGGCUGGGGCGGGCUCCGGCGCCUCGGGAUCCUCCUCCUCGGGGCCUCCUUCCCCUCCGCCUCCUCCCGGCGCUCCUUCUCCCCGCCGCCGCCCGCCGGCCCUGUGCGCGCCAGCCUGCCCCGCAGCCCCGCAGCGGCCGCCAAGUCGCCAAGUCGCGGAGCCGCCGCCGCCGCCGCCGCCGGACGGGACGGGCCAGGCCGGGCGCGCCCCCCGGGCCCCGCCGCGGGCAUGGGCGCGCUGGCCCGGGCGCUGCUGCUGCCGCUGCUGGCCCAGUGGCUCCUGCGAGCCGCCCCGGCGCUGGCCCCGGCGCCCUUCACGCUGCCCCUCCGCGUGGCCGCGGCCUCGCCCCGCGCGCCUUCGCCCGCCGCCAGCCCCGGGGUCCCAGCCGAGCCCCGCGCAGACGGCCUGGCGCUCGCCCUGGAGCCCGCCGGGGGCGCGGCCAACUUUCUGGCUAUGGUGGACAACCUGCAAGGGGACUCCGGCCGUGGCUACUACCUGGAGAUGCUGAUCGGGACCCCUCCGCAGAAGCUGCAGAUUCUCGUCGAUACUGGAAGCAGUAACUUCGCUGUGGCAGGUGCCCCACACUCCUACGUAGACUCGUACUUUGACACCAGUAGGUCCAGCACCUACCAUGCCAAGGGCUUUAACGUCACUGUGAAGUACACACAAGGGAGCUGGACGGGCGCCGUUGGGGAGGACCUCGUCAGCAUUCCCAAGGGCUUCAACCGCUCCUUCCUGGUCAACGUUGCUACUAUCUAUGAAUCAGAGAAUUUCUUUUUGCCUGAAAUUAAAUGGAAUGGAAUCCUUGGACUUGCGUAUGCUACCUUGGCCAAGCCAUCAAGUUCCCUGGAGACAUUCUUUGAUUCCCUUGUGAUGCAAGCCAAGAUCCCCAACGUUUUCUCCAUGCAGAUGUGUGGGGCGGGACUGCCAGUGGCUGGAUCUGGUACCAACGGAGGUAGUCUUGUCCUGGGUGGAAUUGAACCCAGUUUGUACACAGGAGACAUCUGGUAUACCCCAAUCAAGGAGGAGUGGUAUUAUCAGAUAGAAAUUCUGAAAUUGGAAAUCGGAGGUCAAAGCCUGAAUCUGGACUGCAGAGAGUACAACGCAGACAAGGCCAUCGUGGACAGUGGCACCACACUCCUGCGCCUGCCCCAGAAGGUGUUCAGCGCGGUGGUGGAGGCUGUGGCCCACGCGUCUCUGAUUCCAGAGUUCUCUGAUGGCUUCUGGACUGGGUCUCAGCUGGCCUGCUGGACUAAUUCUGAAACACCUUGGUCCUACUUUCCUAAAAUCUCCAUUUACCUGAGAGAUGAGAAUUCCAGCAGAUCAUUCCGCAUCACCAUCCUGCCUCAGCUUUAUAUUCAGCCCAUGAUGGGGGCUGGCCUGGGUUAUGAAUGCUACCGAUUUGGCAUCUCGCCGUCUGCAAAUGCGCUGGUGAUCGGUGCUACGGUGAUGGAGGGCUUCUACGUCGUCUUUGACAGAGCUCGGAAGAGGGUGGGCUUUGCAGCGAGCCCCUGUGCAGAAAUUGCAGGUGCUCCAGUGUCCGAAAUUUCCGGGCCUUUCUCCACCGAGGACGCAGCCAGCAACUGCAUCCCUGCCCUCCUUCUGAAUGAGCCCAUCUUGUGGAUCGUCUCCUAUGCCCUGAUGAGCGUCUGUGGGAUCAUCCUCCUGGUCUUGAUCAUCCUGCUGCUCCUUCCAUUCCGGUGCCGGCUCGCCCCCCGCGACCCCGAGGUGGUCAACGACGAGUCCUCACUCGUGCGGCAUCGCUGGAAAUGAAGGGCAGUGGCCGACGCCAGGUGACCUCGAACUCAGCUCUCAGAGAAUUAGGUUUUGAGUGCACCGGGCAGGGGGCGUGAGACUCGGCUGCCUCCUGUACACAUUAGUCUUAAAUCGCUGUCCUGUUCCCAGAUGCCUUCCAGAUUCACUGUGUUUUGAUUCGACUUUAAAGCUUCUUCCUUCUUCUCUUCUUCCAAGAAAAAAAAUAAUGAUAAUAAAAGCACCGCAUUCUAAACAGAGUGAAUUGGGCUUCAGGCUUUAUGUGAUUAGCUAUGCCAAAAAUGUCUAGGUGUGCCACAAAAUGAGCAAGCCUUGGCUAGUUCUUUUCUCUCUCACGAAUUUGGAGAAAUGGCCUCGGUUGUGUUGAUGGCUCCUCAUGGCUCGUGGAAAGCUUUCCGUCUAAUUGCAUCCACUGGCAUUUUAUGCCAGGCCUCCACCUGGGUCCGAGUGGAACAGGAAGGCUUGUGGGAGGAUGGCAGAGGCAACCCCUGGCGCUGGCUCCUUCUGAGUUGGAAACAGAGCAGCAGCCUCAGGGAGCCAGAACCCACGAGGAGACCCCGUCCUGACAGCCCUCACCAGCCCUUCUGAAGAUGAUCGGCCUUUGGCCUCCAUGGUAGAGUGGGAAGAAAGCCUGUUCUUUUGCACCCAAUGCUUCUGGGCAACACUGGUAUAAAACUAAAACCUACCUCUGUUGAGACUUUCCCCAGGGUGCUGUGCCUGGGUGGGGGUGCAGGCAGCCUGGUUCUGACCAUCACCCCCAUUCCUACCUGACAAUCUCAUUCCAACAGGUGAGAACUAACAGGCUCCGAGCUGCACAUGGGCCCAGAGACGUCCCGGCCCCAGGCUGCUCACUCCUGCUAAAAGUUAAUAAACAGGGUUCUAAGGAGAACAACAAAUUACGUCUCACAAGUUUUGUUCUUUCUCUUCUCUGGAGGGAGGUUGGCUAUUACCCUAUUGGGAAAUAGGGAAAUGGCUGAAUUCUUGUAUUCUGACUGGGGAAAGGAAGAUGAGAGGCAUGACAUGGAAGCAGGGGACCCCAUUUUCCCUUGUGCUUUGAAACGACUUUCCAUUUAUAGAACCCGCAGGCUCAAGCACACCCAUCUGUGUCAGUGUAAACAGAUCUGUUUAGCAGUUCAUCUAUAUGCUCCGCCUCUUUGGCACGUUCAAUUUGGUGAUGUGUUGGUGUGCAGUGGUAUCCUUAUUUGGGGGAACCCCCACUUACUCUCAUUUAUUGGAGGCCUUUGCCAAAGAAAAGCAUAAACCUUUAACCCAACAUAGCCAGCCUUAGCUGGCCUGAUGUAAUUAGGAGAGGCUUCAAAGCCAAUCCCCCUGCUUUCUUAUUGGUGCUCCAACUUCGAUGUCCGCGCCAUAUUGGGAUGCUUGGCGGAUGGGCUGGAUAUGUAAUAAAAUUCCACCAAAAGGGCCAAGUGCUAACUGUCUUCUCUGGCUGUAGUGUCCUUUGUGUUCACAGUGACCUGUGUGUUUGUGUUGCCGCACUGCUCCCUCAGUCCCCAGAUCCCCUCCAAAUCGAGAAAUAAACGGCUGUGCCAGAGAGACCACCUGGGCCACCUGGGCACAUCAUGGUGUCCUCACCGACUCUCCAGCAGCCAGAGGGACGCAUGUGUGAGAUUCUUGUGAGAGAAAAUAAAUACAGCUCACGGCCAUAUCGGGCUGUCUUCACCUGCUCCCAGUUUGACAAAAUUACCAACCCAGGGCACUUGCGCAAUUCUGAAAGCAGAAGUUUUGUGUGUGAAAUCCGCCAGUCAGGGUUUGCUCAGCCCCGUGGAGCCACCACGAGAAGUUGACAGUUCCCUUUACAAAUGGAGAAUUCUUUGUGGAAUCAGUGGACUGAAGUCUAGACUGCACAUAACACACACGUACCUCAAACAAAUCAGUCUGAGUAGACUAUUUCACUGAUAGAGAUUUAAAACUAGAAUUACAUUACAUAAUUAUAAAUUAUAGAUUUGUAAUUUAGAUUUCAAAUAAGUGGGUAUCCCUAAAAGGAGACAGGAAACCUUGAAUAUCCUUUGAUGCUUGUGUUUUUUUCAGUGUUUUCUUCAUUCAGGCUGGAACAUAUAUUUUAUUUUUGAUGCAUGCCUGGGUCAGAGGACCAUGAGAAGGCAAGUGUCUCCAAAGAGCAGAGCUUAUUUUUUUUUCUUUGUUAAAUGCUAUAUAUGGAGGUCAUUGGAAAUUUUCUGAGAUAACUAUGGUUUCAGCAUUCUGAUUUUACCUAUGGAAAUACAAUGUUAUGUGAGACUCACUGUGUUAGGCUAAUUCUGCUGAAUGAAAUGUUAAGAAAACAUUAAAAGAUUGUAUUUUUGAGAUAAAGAAAAAACUGAACAAAGCUAUUAAGCAUAUAUUAUACUAUAAUGAAAAUUACAAAAAAAGUAAAAUUUCUUAUGUCCAGUUUCCUAUGCAAUUUUGUAUUCUUUGUUGCUAUUGGUAAAAAAAAUUUAAUUGUUCUUUUCUGAUUUUCCUAAUUGUAGAUGUAAUGCUACAUAUUCUUAUCAGUGAGGUUUGAAAUUCCAUUUAAUGUUGGAUUAUUGAUACAUACGAGAGGCAAAAGAAUGAAUUAGAUUUGUCUUGUGCCAAUAAAAUCUAAUGAUGUAUGUCUUAGUAUUUCUGUUAAUUUGCACAGUUACAUGUACUUGAAGUUUAAAAUUCCUGUGUACAGUCAUUGAGAGCAGCCACUCAUUUUUGUCUUAACAGAGGUUGAGUUUUGUGCUUCACUUGCAGUGCUUUGGUUCUGGUAGAAGGGCUAUGAGCUGUUUUCUAAAAUCGAUGCCAAAAGUAAUGCUGUGCAAAACAUAUUUUGUGUAUUUCUCAGACCAACAUCCUUUGAUAUUCUUCUGUGUAACUUGUAUUUCAAAAAAUGUUUAAAUCUGUUUUAAUUUCCCUCUUGGACUCUUUCUCUAUUUCCAGUUUGCUGUGUGAUUUAGGUGGAAGGUUAUGCUAUGGACCAAAGGUUGGAGUAAAAGGAAAUUCACUCCAUUUUAGAAGUAGUCUUCAGUUCCUUAAUGAUGCUCGGAUUAUGCACUUCACGGGUUUAAAACUGAAGUUUUCUAAAAUAAUCUUAUUUUUCUACUUGUAUGCUCCACCAAUUUAAGAUGUAUACCACUGAAAAUGAAAUAGAACAUUUUGGCUUAUUGAAUAAACAAUAAUUCCAACUU